AAAAUGGCGACAGAUGCGCUCUAUCUCGAAAAUUUAGAGGAAUAUGUUAACGACGAAAACAAAAUUGUGACGUACAAAUGGUUUAGUACCAACUUAAAAGUCCAUGUCAAUGAGGCCAAACAAAUGCUUUAUGCAUUUAUCCAAGACCAGAGGAACAACCAUGACAACGACAAUUUGUCUGUGACCUACUUUGUAGCUGGGCUGACCAAACCUUUAAAUGGUCAUCAGACCCAUAAAUGCACAGUAGUGAAAGAGGAAGACUUGGAGGCAUAUCGUAGUUCUCUGGCUGUGGUAACCAGUUCUCAUAUAUACAGUGUACAGAAAGCCAAACUAAAAGAUCCUAGUGCCCUGUACACAGCAGAAUAUGAUUCUAUUAAGGAAUCCAGCAAUUUCACAUCUAUCAAGUUUCCCAAAGCCAAAUUAAGAUCUGGAACAGAGAUCGAGGCGUUACGUAAAACUUCUGUCUCGCAAGCAGUACAACCAAAGAAGCAGGUCAGAACAAAUGGCACAUCAACUACAAAUGGACAAAGCAAUCCUCCUACCAAACCACAGCAGAAAGCAGGCAUCGCUGGUAUGUUUGCCAAAGCAGCAAAGAAGGUGGACGAUACAAAGAAGGAGGAGGUGAAGCAGGAAAAUGUGGACGAUAAAAAGAAGGAGGAGGUGAAGCAGGAAAAUGGAAUAAAGGAAAACAAAGCUGACAAGAGCUCUUCAUCAGCUAAGAAGGGAGGAAUGAUGGCAUUCUUUUCCAAACAAACAGAUAAAAAGCCAGAACAGUCAGUAAAACAGGAGCCAAAACCGACUGUCAAAAAGGAAGUGCAGGAUGAUCCUUCUCCUCCAAAGAAAAAAGCUCAACCAACUAAAGUUACAAAGAAAACAUCAAGAAAACACGAUUCAGACGAUGAGUUGGAAACCAAGAAAAAGCGACGACGGAUAAAACAGGAUUUAUUUGACAGUAGUAGUGAUGAGGAAGAUGUGGAGAUAGACAUUGCAGUCCCUAGUCCAGUACGAGAGCCUGUGGCUGUCCUCGCCUCAGACUCUGAUGAGGAAAUGGAAAUUACACAACCAAAGAAACACUCACCACAAAAGCUUUCACCAGAGAAAAGGGAGACAGGUGAGAGGAGACGCAAACGGCGACGUCGGCAGGUGCCAAAAACAUUUAUGGACGAAGAUGGAUAUAUGGUGACAGAAAAAGUUUGGGAGAGUGAAUCAACUGAUGCCUCUGACGUUGAACCUGCUCCUGCAGUUGCCAAGGAGACACCUAAACUGCAACAGAAAAAGUCUCCACAGAAAUCACCUGUGAAGAAAUCACCACCAACUGGCAACACCAAGCAGAAAACCAUGAUGUCUUUCUUUAAGAAGAAGUAGUAGGCAAUGCCAUACUUAGGAUACUGCAACCGUUCAUAAAUACUUGUGUCUCUUUUCAAAAGGAAAAUGAUUAACUGUGUGUUCCUAUUCCUAUGUGGAAAUGGUUUCACCCACAUCAUUUCUAUGCAGUAAAAGUGCUGACUCAACCAUGUCACCCUAAGCUUGAUGUCACCUAUUUCAUGCAUCAUUGAUUCUAUCAACUUUCAGCACAAAAGUUUGAGAAGGAAACAAUUACUCCUGUGAGGUGUAGACAGAGAAUAUCAUCCUUUUGGAUAAUUAUUUGGAUGUUUAGCUUCAUAAAUUUGUAUGUUGAAAUUCGAAAUUAUUUUUGUCUACAUCAUACAGAGGAAAUAAAUUACACAAUUACCUCAUAUCUGAACUGUUUUGGUAGCUAAAUCAUCAAGAUUUAUACUAAACCAUCUUGGUGUCUUUCAAUGGAUUGAAAAUGGUUAAAUACUCCAAGUUACCGAUAGUUUUUAGUUACCUAAGUACGUUUUUAUUUAAUAUUAAAUAAUCAUUGUUUCUCCAGUAAUUAUUUCCAAUGAAAUCAGAUUAAUUGCUGAAAUAAUGAAGAGCCCACAUUGAACCAGAUUUAAUGUUAUGUAUGUGCCUCUCUCUAAUUUAAGGUAACAGGUAGUGCUGUAGUGUACUGUGAUAUGAUGUUUAGACCUUUACGUAACCAAACAUAAUAAUUAAAAUGUUUUGUGAUGACAAUUAUCCUCAUUACAAUUUGACUUAAUAAAACAUGUUU